AUGAGUGAUUCGUCCGAUGAGGAAGAGCCCUCCGGGGGGAUAACCCACAAAGGUGAUAAGUCAAGGAAUGAAAGGAGAAAGAGACAAAGAGGGGAAGCAAGGGAGAAGAGGGGCACCAACAGAGGAAGGCGCGCGAAGAGGGAGGCAUCCUCCUCAUCGGCCGCUUCAUCUUCCGCCCGAUCGGUGAGCUCCCCUGCCGAGUCCCCCGACUCCGUGUCAUCUUCGCCGACAAGCGAGCGGCGCAGGGGGAAGAGGCGGAGGAGGCACGGUCACAGAAGAAGUGGAAGCGGCGAAAGAAGUGGAAGCAGCGGCAGAUCCUUCUCCAGUCGCAGCGGUAGUAGCAGCAGAACCUUCUCCAGUCGCAGCGGUAGUAGCGGCAGAACCUACUCCAGUCGCAGCGGUGAAGAACGGGUACGGACGAAAGCCAAGCGAAGGAAGGCGCGCCGAAAAGAGAAAGAUGAAAAAUCACGCCGCAAAAAGAAACAUGGACAGUCGCACCGCAAAGAGAAAGAUAAAAGAUCACACCGACGCAGGAAGAGCAAACGUGAGAAACCUGUUUCCCCCUCCCCCCGGCGGAGAAACACCCUCACUGUUAGGGAACUCAAGAGGGAGAGGGAAAAUCUGAUGCAGAAACACUUCAAUUACACGGACGAGUGCAACCCCUUCGGAGACAACUCGCUCUCCACACCAUUUGUGUGGAAGCUAAAAAACAAGUAUGAUCAGAUAAAGUAUAAUCAGAAGGUGAAGGUAACCACAACGAGCCUGCUCCACAAUUCCCUCUCAAAGAUAAGUGAAAUUGAAGAAGUAAAAAAAAGGAGACAAGAUAGAGACAACGAGAGGGCCUUGUUAGAAGACUAUCGCUUACAAUUAGAAAAGCAAAGGAAUCAAAUUAACAUCAAAGAAUACCUACAAAAGGAGCAGAUGUUUUUCAUUAAUCAGCAGAUUAAAUCAUCGGACAGCAGAAUCCAGCACAACCUUCUUCAGCUCCCCGACAUAUUUAGAUUAGCUGUGAUGAUUGUUAAUCGAGAGAAGGUCAAGAAAGUUCGUCCCGCUCUUUACCGCAUUCCGUUUCAUGUCCUUUUGGAGGGCCAAACCGAACGGGAGCUGGAAAACUGCGCCAAACAAAUAAAGCUACUCCUCCAACACGAUGAGCUAGACAAUCAGGGGAAAUUUAAACGUUACUGGGAGUCUCUCCUCUUCUUCUGUGAAUACUUCCUGACUCAGUUACGCGGGAGGGAGAAUCCCGACACCGACUCAAAAGAACACGACGUGAACAACAUAGAGACAAAGACGGAGAAGAAGAUACAAGCCUUCCUCGAAAAUAAAAACUACGAUGAGUUAGUGACAUAUGAAGCGAAGAUUAAAGAGAAGGUCAUUUCCCAAUCUGAGGAUGUCGCAGAUGAAGUGUACUGGAAUAGGGUCCUCCUGAAGAUCCCCUACUUUAAGGCCAAGAAUGUACUGCUCCAUUUCCAUGCCAAGCUGCGCAAGAGGAUUAGCCUCAGUGGUGCCCCCUCGGAGGACAGCCAAAGCGACAGAGGCAGCCAUAGCAACAGUCACAACGAAGCUGAGAAGGAGCCUCUCCGUGAGCACUCCGCCGAAGAGGACAAAGGGAGAGCUAAGGCAACAACCACCCUGCCGUUCGAAUGCCACAGCCCGCAGCUAAUCCCCCCUGAGAGCAUCACACAAAUGGGAAUCCCAGCCGAGACGCACAUUUACACAGCGGAAGAGGAACUGCAGCAGAGGGUUAAACUGAACGAUGACAUUUGGUGUACAAUGAGGAGGAGGGAGCAAAGCCAAGGGAAAUCAGACAACAGUAGAGGAAACCAUGGGGAUAGCCAUGCAGACACCACGGGGUACUUCAAACCCGAGCAAGUCGCACACACCGAUGUGAACCUCUCUGCGGAGCAGGUCCUCCUCAGGAAACUCUUCACGAAGGACCAAGAAGUAUAUAAUCGCUUUGUGCAGAGGGAGAAGAAGAAAGGUCGAGCGGGCGAAAUUACAAUGAAGGACGUUUCUCACCAUCACCACAGCGCAGCUCACUCCUCCAUCCCGAACUCCUUACGGAGCAGCCUCCCAGUGUCCCAAGCCUCCCUCCUCGCAACCAGGAAGCCUCUCUACUUCAAUCGAAUCAAAACAUCCUUCGACUGGAAUAAGUACAAUAAAACACAUUACGAUUAUGAGAAUCCCCCCCCCAAGUAUAUAUGCGGCUAUAAAUUUAACAUUUUUUAUAUGAAUCUUCUGAAUAAGAAGGAGAAGCCGUCGUGGAAGCUGCACCCUACGGAUGACGAGAGUAAAGUCCUUAUCGUUUUCCAUGGCGGAGCCCCCUACCUGGACAUAGCCUUCCAGAUCGUAAACGCGGAGUGGUCUUACGACAAGCACAGGGGCUUCCGCAACGUCUUCGACAAGGGCAUCCUUCAGCUGUACUUUAACUUUAAAAAGAAGAGGUAUCGCCGGUGA